CAUAACCAGCAGCUAAUGCUGGGGGAAAAAAGGUUUUAAAAUUUACUGACUAGGCAAAGAAUGAUGGUGGUGGUGAAAUUACAAAAUAUAUCGUGGAUACUGACUCAGCGAUCAGUACAAUGGCAAUGACAGAUCAAAAAAGCUUCCAUAUCUGCACACCACUUCACAAAAGUCUGCCACUCUCUAAGGUGGCAGGAACAACAGUCUACAUCAAGCUUGACAAUGUGCAGCCAACUGGCUCCUAUAAGAUAAGAGGGAUAGGGCAUUUCUGUCAAAAGGCUGCAGAGAAAGACUGCAAACAUUUUGUAUGCUCUUCAGGAGGGAAUGCUGGCCUGGCUGCUGCCUUUGCCGCUCAGAAGCUCCAGAUUCCUGCCACCAUUCUGGUUCCCAGUAGCACACCAGUGUUUACCAUUCAGAAAUUGAAAGAACACGGGGCUUUUGUGGAAGUGGUUGGUAAGGUUUGGGAUGAUGCUAAUGAGCAAGCAUUAAAACUAUCUGAAAAUGAUGGCUGGGUGUAUGUUUCUCCCUUCAACCAUCCCUUGAUUUGGGAAGGACAUGCCAGUGUUGUGAAGGAACUUUGGGAGUCACUGCAAAGCAAACCUGGGGCUAUUAUUCUGUCAGUUGGAGGUGGUGGCCUUCUCUGUGGAGUGGUAGAAGGACUGAAGAAAGUGGGUUGGUGUGACGUGCCUAUAAUUGCCAUGGAGACGAAAGGUGCUGAAAGUCUGAAUGCAGCAGUGAAGGCUGGGAAGUUAGUCACACUCCCUGAUAUCACAAGUGUAGCUAAAACCCUGGGAGCUAAAACUGUGUGUGAGAAGGCACUUCAGAAUGCACUCGAGCACAAUGUUCUCUCUGAGGUAAUCAGUGACCAAGAGGCUGUGCAAGCAGUAGAGAAAUUCCUAGAUGAUGAAAGGUUUUUGGUUGAACCAGCCUGUGGUGCAUCACUAGCUGCCAUUUACAGUGGAAUAAUCCAGCGACUGCAGAAAGAGAGACGGUUGGCCCAGGACCUACAGUCAAUAGUAGUCAUUGUCUGUGGUGGAAGCAGCAUCACAAUGGCACAGCUUAAUGAAUAUAAAAUACAACUGGGGGAAAGCUAAAUAAGCAGUUUUUCUGAAUGUGACACUUUUCUUAUAAACUAUUUAUGUCUGCCAGACAGUAAUCACAUGAAAUCAUAUGACUGGAAUUGUUGGCGUGCUAGGUACUUGGUGAAUUGACUGCAUGGCAAGGUUCCCGUAUCCUAUUUUUUGUCCAGUCUCUUCUCAUUUACAUUUGUGAUGCUUUCAACACUCUUCACCACUUGAACAAUUUCCAGUUUCCUGGCCCUGUCUCCUUUUCACUGUGAAUAUUUAGUCUCUCUACACUUCCAUCUCCCUCCAGGAUUGUCUCCACUUCUUCCUUGAACGGAAGCCCAACCAUUCUCCAACCACCAUCACCAUAAUCCACCUGGCUGAACUUAUUCUUACUUUUCCUUUGACUCCACUCACUUCCUCCAAAUAACAGGUGUCACUAUGGGAAUCUGUAUGGGUCCUAGCUAUGCCUGCAUUUUGUGGGCUAUGUGGAAAAUUCUUUGUUCCAGUCCUCCUCCAUCACCUCUUUUUCUGGUACAUUGACUGUAUUGGUGCCAUUUUCUGCUGUUGUCUCGAAAUGGAAAAUUUCAUUGACUUUGCUUCCUAUUUCCACACUUCCCUCGCCUUUACAUGAGCUAUCACUGGCCCUUCCCUUUCCUUCCUCAACAUCUCUG